AUGGUUGUUUUGCUGGCAUAUCAAAACACAACACAUACACAACACGCACCUUGCAUUACUGCGCAGCGCCGAGGUGCUCACCUCUCGUUCAAAGUUCCUCCUGCACGCGCCCCGCGCCACAGAAGUAUUGCUCCAAUCCAGAGUUUGUGUCUUGAUCCGCUGUUGAGCCGGUUGAAGAGGAGUCAAUUUCGUCUGGGGCAUUAUCCAACGGCGUGA